AUGGCAAGAUUGAUCGUUCAGAUCAGCAAAUGUGCGGUAAAGACGCUCGCGGUCUCGCAUAGCGGUUUGCUCGGCACAGCCGCAAAAUCGAAAAUACCUCUCGCCAUGGCGCGAUCCAUAACCACAACUCGGUGCUUGCGAGAUGAACGAUUAUACACCGAUAAGCACGAAUGGAUAACAGUAGACGGCAAAAUCGGCACAGUCGGUAUAUCGGAUUACGCGCAGGAUGCGCUCGGGGAUGUGGUGUACGCGCAGCUUCCCGACGUAGGAUCUAUAAUCAAAAAAGAUGAGGAAUGCGGAGCUCUGGAAUCAGUGAAGGCAGCUUCGGAACUAAUAAGUCCGGUCAGCGGAAAAGUUACGGAGAAAAAUGAGGCGGUGGAAAAUAAACCCGCAUUAAUUAAUAAAUCUUGUUACAAAGAUGGUUGGCUAUUCAAAGUAGAGUUAAGCGAUCCAGACGAGCUCAAGAGUCUAAUGAAUGAGGAGGAUUAUAAUUCGUUUUUAAAAUCAGAUGCACAUUAA